AUGCCCGCGGACUCCUCCUUCCAGAGCGUCGCCAGCUCGCCCUCUCGCUCGUCCUCCCCAAAGCCCGACUGCACCUCCUCCCCCGUCUCCGAUGCGCCUCCCUCUCCCUUGUCAGAUCAUCCGUCCGUGUACAGCCCGUAUGUAGACUUGCCCUCGCCCCCAUCCAACAACACCUCAUAUGCCCCUCAUGUCGUCGGUCUCGGCAUCAUUUCGCCUCGGCCCUUUCUGGGUCCCUUGGCGCCGAUCGUUCGUGCGCCUGUGUCUCCCCCACACCAGCCUUUGCCUUCUACUAUCCACCGUUCAGACCCGUUCGGAGACCUCGUCUAUCAUACUCCUCUGGACGAUACACUUCCACUCACGGCCUACGCCCUAGAGUCAGAUCCGCCGUCGCAUGGGCUACCGUACGUGUCGCCCACCCCUGCAAUCAGUUCUGAAGACCCCUUUGCUACUAUGUUGCCCCCCAGCGUCACCUCUUCCUCCAGCCUUCGUAUAGCCAUCCCACCGCCCAACGCGAGCGCUUCCACCUCCACGCCCUCUCCGCCCCUCCUCCCGCCUGUUACCGGCGAUGUCCAUCUUACACACUCCCAGGUGCCUGUCCUUAGACCAUCCAUUCAUCCUCCCACUUCUAUUUCGCCGUCUGCUUCCUCAGCAGAGGCUGCCGCUUAUUUUGGCCCAAACGAUACACCCUACUCACUUGGCGCUGACCUCCCAAUGGCCUCUCCGGAGAUUAACAUUGACUUCACUGACAUUGACUCUGACGGGCUCAGCGCACUCGAGAAAAUUUAUCUCUUUUCUCGCAGUCGCGCAGGCUUUCACCGUGUCUUCAUCGUCCAUGCACUGCCGCGGUACUUGGGCGCGGACGAGGCCGAUGCCGGUAUAUACGUGAGCCGGGAGCAAAUAGACCGUAUCACUCCUGCCGAGGCGGUAGAGUAUGUUCUUCCGCUCCUCAAUGGUCUGGCGCUUGACGAAGAUGAGGCCGUCAAGGAAGCCUUGGCGGCAGAGCUCGUGCCCAUCAUCUGGUGGUUCAUCACGCAUUGUCGACUCGUCGACGACGAACUUCCCUUCGAAGGCACUGCCUCCGAUUUGUUGUUGGAAAAUGCGUCCGCGUCGGAAAAUGAUGACACAACAAUAUCCGUGCAGUCAUUCACACCCAUCCUGGGCACCCUUCUGUUGAGCCAAAACACAUUGGUUGGCGGCCCUUCUCGACAGGCCGUCGCACAUAUUCUCAGGCGUAUUCUGCGCGCUAGUGAACGUGAAGAAGGACGCACCGCUGUGCCGCCCGCAGAAGGCGAAGAGCCCGAGCCACAGUACGAAAUGGGUCUGCUCGGGCCGCACGAACGCGCACUUUUCGAACGAGAGAUCGUUCAACAAGUAGUGAUUGGUAUGGGUCGUCUUGAUGUGCAGGAAACUGACGAAAGCCCGCUCUCUACGAUCUCUACGCCGCGCAGCUCAGGCGGAGGGCAUCACGAACAUCACAUAGAUCAUCACCGCUCUAAUAGCCUCGAGCCUCUGUCGCCGCCGCCAGUACCAGCGACCGCGCCGGAUUCGUCAACAGCCGGCUCGACGCCACUCGCCGCUCCGAGGGGAAUGGUUGACUCUUAUUUUCCUGCUAUGCCAUCGGGUCACACGAGGCCGUCGCCGCCCUCGGGCUCACCAUUGCGUAUCCCGUAUGCUGAAGCGCACUCACCGCCUGCGUUUGCACUGGGUCAGCCGCCCAUAUCGCCACCGGCAUACACAAAUCAGCCGGUCGCCUCGCCGUCUAAUGUAGCAAACUCGCCCGCACAAUCUGCCCCUUCGCCUACAUCUUCCGCAUUCUCGGCGGCGAUGGCCACACGCUCGGACGCAGGCCAAUCACCACGCGAGGUUGGACCCACGCCGUCAUCGUCGUCUAGUUCCUUCACAUCCACUCCGUCGCUCACGUCAUCGACAUCAUCUUCCUCAGCCUCGCUCGAGUCGCCAGGGCCGCUGCAUCCCCCUGGCGCGGCGACCCUUCCUGCUGCCCUUGUACUCGCGAGUUCAGCCGCUGGUCCCAGCAAUGGUAUAGCGGCCGACCCUGACCCUGGCGCGAACACAGAAAGCGAUGCGGUCAUGAUGGACAGUCGUGCGGGGACAGUGGUGGGAAGCCCGAGGAGAAGAUCUCCCGAUCUUAGGCUAGACCUGAGCGGCACCAAUGGUCAAGCAAUUAUGAAUGCUCCGUUCGUGUACAAUGCGCAUGAGGGCCCGGAGGGAGCAGGCGAUUCGGUAUCAGCCUGGCUCAGCACAGGCCUUCCUGAAAGUGAUGCCAGCUUGGAAAACUUUCCGGACCUGUUUCCUGUGAGUGAAGACUCAGGCGAGGACGAAGACGACAUUGGCGAAGAGGCAGCCAUGGGGCGUCUCUCUAGUAUGAGUCUUAUGGCGGCCGUUACUGCGAGCGGAUUCAUGGCUAACGAUGCUCUCCCAUUUCUAGGAGCUUUGAGGGACGAAAUAAAGUCCGCAUUUGUUACAGAAGUGGAGAGAGUUGGUCGAGAUCCAGUUUAUUGGGUUCGGAGGGAAGCUGCGUUCGCACUCGGAGCGCUAGCGAAAGUCGUUCCUGAUGAGCUAGUCGUCUCGUCUCUCCUUCCAUUGUUUGAAGCAUUGUAUCGCGACCCGACAUGGCACGUCCGCCAAUCAGUGCUGUUUACGCUCCCGGCAAUUCUCGCUAGACUCUCGCCAUCGCGCCGACGCUCGCUGGCGCUCGAUGUCAUGCUACCGCUUUCGUUAGAUGAAUCGCCCACUGUGCGCGCUGCUGCGCUGGAGGCUCUCGGCGAAGUCAUGCACACGUUUGCAGACGAUGAAGGUGGCCCCCCCAAAGAGAUUCUCAACUUGUUCCUCGGAAUUCGCGAAGCUGGCGCAUCCCCAAUACGCGCUGACGCUCGGAAGAGGCCGUCGACGAUCACGACGCUCGUCCCCCAGAUCGACCCAGUGCCGGAGCCUCUAUCGGAAUUUGACAUAUACGACGACCCUGCACGACCGCUAGUCUGUGCGUUCAACUUUCCUGCGGUAGCCCUUACCUUGGGUCGCGACCGGUGGCAGGAGCUGCGUACCCUGUAUAGAACGCUGACAAAAGACCCCUCUUUCAAAGUGCGGCGCACGUUAGCGGCAUCCCUUGGCGAGAUGGCGAAGAUCAUCGGGCCGGACCACUCCAGGGUCGAUCUGCUUGAUGUUUGGUGGGCGAGCAUCCGCUCAGAGGAGACUGACACGCGGCUGAAGGCCGUGGAGUGUGCUGCUGUGUUCGUGAGCGCACUCGGUGAGGCGGACCGCACGGACGUUGUGAGAGGCCUACAUCAGGAGUUCUUGUCAGGCAAGCUGAAGGGCUGGCGCGAGCGCCAGGAGGUUAUCAAGAGCCUCCCCUCGUUUCUAGACGUCAGCAACGUAGAAAUGGAGGUCCUGGAGGCGUUGCUCCUGGAAGCGCUUGCAGACCGUGUUUCUGCGAUCCGGGAGACUGCGGUGAUCGUGUCGCCCUCGUUUGUGGCCGCGUUGAAAUGCUCGCCUGAACUCGUGAGGUUUAGGAUGGAGAUCAGGCGGUUGGCGUUCUCCGACUCAUACAGGCAGCGGUCGACGUUCGUGAAUUGCGAGCAUGCCCUUCUUUUAUCGCAUUCCCGGGAAUUCGUGCUUUUGGACGAUAACUAUUGGGAUAUUUUCUCGGUACUCGUCUCAGAUCCAGUUGUGGACGUGCGGAUACGCGUGGCCCGCCUAUUGGUCGCCAUAUAUGGUGACCAAACCAGCGAUGAAUCAAUGAUAGCUAGAGUGUGUAUGCUGGCGGAACGACUAGAGCAAGACACUUCUCAGGACGUCCGCGCCUUUGCACAGUUUAUCAAGAAUCGGAACAUCGUUCAACCUCCUGCUGGAUUUGAAGCGACAAAAACGACUGUCAUAUUUUCUCGCCCUCCGCCCAGUUGA